GCUCCUAUAUAUGGUGGAUUUGACGUUAUCGCAUAACCUCUAUACCGCUAUAUAACUAGGUCGCGAGGCAAGUCACACAAUCAACGGUUGGACGACUGAAGCAAAACAGGUUGCUUUGUCCUUGUUAUCGCUUCGACAGUUUGCUCCCCUUGCCCCACCUCGCAGCGAAUUUUCCUGAGAAGAAGAUCGAAAUCACGGCCGUCACGUCAUGGCUUCCAAUGGAAUGAUCCGACAAUGGUUUGCACUUGGAGUGCUGUUUGUGACGAUAUCAAAGGUCCAUGGCACACCCGUGACAAAGUUCUGCCCGGCUACGGAAACUUUGCUCACGUACGAGGUGCACGAGCCAAUGCCUUAUAACGACGCAGUAACAGCGUGUGCCAAACGUAAUGGGUCUAUUCUGGCAAGUGAAUUAGCUUGGAGACACCAAUGCCUUGGCACAAUGAUUUCCAACAUUGAGAAAGAAUACGAACAAAGUGGGGUCACCGUUUGGCUCAACUGCAAGACAGAUACCAUAACAUAUACGAAUUGCGAAGCACCAAUGGCUUCUGAUGGACAACGCUACAGCAGGGAUUCCAACCAUAGCUUUAUAUGCGCACGCACUGCGGGUGUCUUCUGCCAAGAAACUAAAUCUUUCAUCUUCUUUCAUGACAAUAGAUUGGGUGUAUAUUUCCGUGGAGUAGCAGUUUGCAAAAAAAAAGUUGGCUCAUCUUUGCCAAGUCCUGCGGCAUAUAACGCCGGCUGCGUUACAAGGCUUCUUGAUACUUUGGGGCAGGAUCCACUGUAUGCCAACAAACGAGUGUGGUUGGCGACAUCUCAAACGGACCUAGACCAGGACUUUGCAAAAACAUCCAAUGGUCAAAGACUUCCGGUCAACGACGAAAUAAAUAUCGCGUGUGAAACAAAGUUUCGACUGUUCUGUGAAACGUCCAAAACCGGCAUUUCGAUUUCCGGUACGGCCUACCAGGGAACAGAUGAUCAGAACAUACAAAGGCGGAGAUCUAUGUGUCCAAACAAUGAAGUGUUGACAUCGGACUCUGUACUUCAAUUCGGAUCAUGUCUGGAUGCUUUAUUCGCACGGUCCACACAUUGGAUGAAUGGGCUUGCCAAUCCUGUAUUUUGUACAACGAAAGACACCUUUGAUUGUGAUCCGGUCAACAAGCUUUAUUCCAUAAGGACCACUGGACAGAACUUCGAACAGGCACAGCAAACCUGUAGGGAGCAGAAGAUGAUUUUGCCGCGCCCACACCUGUGGAAAUGCUACCGAGAGUAUGUCAGAGAUGCGUUUUCCCCACGCAGGGACAAUGUCGCUUGGGUGAAUGUAAUUACAGGUGUUAAGGCACUUUCCACCAAUGGGCAGCAAUAUGAUCGACGUUAUGAGAAACUUACGAUCACGUUCUGUACCACAGGUUAUCAUGUCUGCUCCGGUGGGUAUAUCCAUUAUAUACCAAAAGAAAUUAAUGAGGCGACCGACUUGGCUUCCGCUUCCAUGAAAUGCACCAAGUUUGGAAUGCACUUGCCGCCCCACAGACAAAACUGCGAUCUGGGUUGUCUCUUACCACUGCAGUUCCGACUUCAUCUCGGCUACCAAUCCCAACAGGACUCCUUUUUUGGGAUGUGGCUGAACGAGGUGAAAUCGUGUGCUUAUAAUGCACAAGGGCAGUCAGUGAGUGACUUGUGUGCUGACCGGCUACAGCCCCAUGCCUUUAACGAAACGAACUCAGCGAGUUUAAUAUCAACGGACAGACAAAAUGCUGUUGGAAAUGUGUUUGUUUGUUUCACUGAACAUGAAUAAUGAAUGGUAUGACAGUCGGCACUGAAGGAGUGGAACAAUAUACGCCUGGCCUAAAAAUCGACUGCGGAACGUUUUCAGAAAUAUAGAGGCCAGAAACGCUCCCUGAUCGUAAUCGUGUUCUAUUUGGCCUGGCUUAAUUAAGUUUAUUAAAGAUACGUUACCCCAUAGGAUUGACAGAUGUCUUACUGUCGUUUAGGAGCUCUUUGAUUGAGGCAUUGCGGCUUUAUCCAUCGAGUUCAUUACCAUCUUCACUCCUAUUCUCUUGGGCGUUCUGUGUUUGUAGUUAUUUAAUGAAAUAAUGGUGGGCCCUAAAGGGUUAAUAUAAUUAUACAUUUAAUCGUACUUUGAAGCAGGAUUAACUUUCAAACGAUUAUUCGCUAAAACUGAACAGUGUUGGAUUGGCUUUUCCUCAAGUUUAACCCGAAAAAGCAAUGUUUGUAUAUAAUUAUUAUACAGCACAUUUUUUCUGCUGUUUUCUUUGUUAUUUCAGAAAGUUGUGGACAUCACGCAACUGCAUUGUAAAUAAAAGGGGGUUGUCAACAGACAACCGCUCUAUUUAGCUGCUAUUCACUCUUUAGAUGAAAAUUCUUGUAUUGAAAAGUUUCUUUGUUAUGUUACUAUAACAUGAACUCAGAUUCGUAGGGCAAAGUCUGAAAAUGUUCGAUUUCAGCGGGAGAUAGUUUGAUUAUUGCUCGUUUGUUUAUCACAAACCCUAUAUGACAAGCUUCUUACUGCCAGCCGCGUAGCAUUAAAGAGAAUAUUUUCGUUGGAUAGAAUGACCCACUCUUCUAUACAGUCAUACUAACUUGUACGCCCUUGAGAAACGCCUCAACUUCAAAACCUAUGUAUUUGUUUACCGCUGCCUGAAUGGACUUGCUAGUCCUCUUCUGCGAGACCGCUUUACCUUGCGCGCCCAUGGUGCUCGCACUGCAGCCACCACCCGUGGCCAAGUCUCUGCUGCUCUUGUUCUGCCCCCCGCUAACACCCGAUAUGGCUUUAGUGCAAUUUCUUAUUUGGGCGCUGCCAGGUGGAAUACACUUCCACCGGCUUGCCGCAUGUCUAGUUCACCAGCUGAAUUUCGCUCAUCCAUCAAAUUAUACCUAGGGUUCCCUGUAAAAAGGAGCUGACGCCUGUUGGGAAUUCCCUAGUAAAAGAAGAAUAAAUAAAUAAUAAUAAUCAUGUUUUAUCAACGAUUGAUAAAGUUAUUGUCUCCUCGUCGCCUAAUCAUGUUUUACUUCACC